AUGGAUAUGGAGACUAAUCUCAGUUCAAGGAAUGAAGUGGUAAUGAAUUCUGAACCUCUACAUAUUUCACAAUCUUCUGUUGAAGAACUUAAUGUUGAGCCUCAUGUUGGUAUGGAAUUUGACUCAUUGAAAAAAGUUGAGGAUUUUUAUAAAUUAUUUGCCAAAAUGAAAGGAUUUGGGAUUCGCAUUCGGUCAAGCAAAAAGUAUUAUUGCAUUUUUGUAUGUGUUAGGGAAGGUGAAAGGUUGUUUGACAAUAAUCAUAAUCAUGACAUGGCUAGUCCUAAAAGCGUGUCCUUUUUUAGAUGUCAUAGGAAAAUGAAUGCAAUUGCAAAGAAUCUUGUUGAAAGGUUUAAUGAAGAAGGAUUACCCACCGAAAAGGUUGUCUCUAUAUUCAAUGCUAGUGGUUCAUCUUUUUUCAAUAGAGAUUGUUGGAAUCAUAUGAGAAAUGUUCGUAACAAGAAUUUGGAUGUUGGAGAUGCACAGGGUGUUUUAAAUUGUUGCAAACAAAAGCAAGCUCAAAAUUCUGAUUUUUUCAAUGCAAUACAAUGUGAUGAUGAUGCUAAAAUGAUGAAUCUAUUUUGGGCGGAUGCUAGAUCAAGGUUAGUUUAUGAGUGUUUUGGGGAUGUCAUCACCUUUGAUACGACAUACAAAACUAACAAAUAUAGCAUGCCAUUUGCCCCAUUUACUGGAAUAAACCAUCAUUUUCAAUCAAUUUUGUUUGGUUGUGCCUUAUUACAAGAUGAAUCUGAGACAUCUUUUAUAUGGUUAUUUGAAACUUUGCUUGAGGCAAUGAAAGGGAAGAAGCCUAUGUCUAUAAUAAUUGAUCAAGAUUUAGCAAUUGGAGCUGUUGUGGCCAAGGUAUUCCCAAAAAGUCGUCAUCGAUUAUGUUUGUGGCACAUUAGAAAGAAGUUUCCUGAAAAGCUUGCACAUAUAUAUCACAAGAAUUCUUCAUUCAAGCGCGAGCUUAAGAGGUGCAUUAGAGAAUCGUCAAUUAUCAGAGAUUUUGAAGAUGAUUGGCAACAUAUAAUGGUGUUUGAAAAGGCAAUCAAUCACCGGUACGAGGCUGAAAAAAGAGAAGAUUUUAAGUCUAGACACAAAUCACGCAUUUUGAGUAUUGGCUCAAAAAUUAAGGAGCACACUGUGUCAAUCUAUACUAGAAAUGUGUUCAGGAAGUUUCAUGAUGAGUUUGUCAGUGUUACUCAUUUUACAAAAGAGAAGGUAGAGAAAAAUGGUUUGCAAUACAAAUAUCGUGUGUCUAAUUGUUUUAAUGCUCGAGAUACAUUUCUUGUUGAUAUAAACUUGGAGUCAAAGAAUGCUACAUGUGGUUGUCAACUUUAUGAAAUCAUGGGGAUACUGUGUAGGCAUAUUCUGGUUAUUUUUCAAGCAAAAAACAUUGUUCAAAUUCCUACUCAGUAUAUUUUGCAGCGUUGGACCAAAGAAGCCAAUCAAUAUUUGGCUAAGAAGUCAAAAGAUGCAUACAACUUUAUUUUGGUUGAUCUUGAUUGUGUUUAUAACGAUGUUGCUAAAAUGGUGACAGAAACGAGCGUGACCUUUUUAGAGCCAAACCAAGAAAAUUUGAUGUUUGAAACCUUAGAUGAUGUCUCUAAUUGCAUUAUCAAAGACUCUUACAUAUCACAAACAAAAGGACGAAAAAAGAAGUCCGUUGACAAAGUGGCUAUGGUUAGAAGAUAUAAGAAUGCUCUUGAAUUGGCAACAAACAAGACCUUAGUUAAAAGGAGACAAUGUAAAUCAUGUGGUGAAUACGGUUACUAUCAAUCAACUUGCAAGAAAUAUACAACAUAG